AUGAUGCAACAUUCUAAUCAUGAUGAUAUUCAUGAACAUAAUGAGAAUGUUAAUUCGAUGUCAUCAAUUCAUCUAGUUAAUCAUGGAAAUGAUGGAUUAUUUCUUAGUUAUACCUAUUUAGGUAUAUAUCUAUUAUGUUUAGGAAUUUGGUGGUGGAUUCAAGCAUUAAGACAACAUUAUUCUAUAACCAAACACAAGCAUCAUAAUGAACAAUCUACUACAACUGUAUCCAUUGGAUCACGAGGUUGUUGUAAACAUAGUAGAGGAGAAGGUUUAUGUAAAGUAAUUUGUUGUCUGAUUGGUAUUGGUGUAGAAUUGAUCACAUUGAAAUUAGGUCGUCAUCAUGAAUAUGCUCAAUUUCCAUUUUAUACAGCAAUGUUGCUAGUUGGUUUAUUAGAUAUAUUCAUGUCGACAAUAAUCAUUGUAUUACCGAAAGGAUUUGAUUCUAUGAUAUAUGCAUUACCAUUCUUUGUACAUACUUAUUGUUUACGUGCUCAAUCCUAUCAACAACCACAUAUUACAGAAACAUGUUGUUUAUUGAUUAGUUAUUGGGGAUUGAUAGUUGGUUGCUCGAUGAUACAUGAAAUGAUGAUGUUGACGUCAAUGAAGGCAGUUGAAGUUGGGAUGAUGGCGGUGUUUAACAACUCCUUAUUAUGGACAUGGAUCAAAUGUUUCAGUGUGAUGAUACAUGGAUCAUGGAUAUGUCAAAGUGGAUUUUUAUUAAAUUCUCCAUUCAAUCAAGCAUGGGAUGAAAGUGAUCAUGAUAAAGUGAUGUUAACUGUUGUGAUAUUUGUAUGGCAUAUGUUUAUUGUGAUGAUUGGACAAUUAUUAUCAUUAAUAGUAAUGGCUAAAUGUUAUGGUGUAUCAUCAGAUUGGACUGAGAUGAAGAACUUGUCGAUUAAGAGGACACCAUCAUUAUAUAAAUAUGCUAGAGAAUCAUUGAAUCAAUCUAAUUCCAUCAAUCAAUAUGAUAAUAUAGAAUAUACACAAUUACUGAAUACAGAUUAUAUUGAAUAG